ACGACCUUAGUUACUUGGAAAUUUUUGAAGAAAAAAAUAAACCUAAACCGUAUACAAAAAACUUUUUGGAAGCCAAAUUGAAAAAGAAAAGAAGACAACAACAACAAUGAGUGCGUUGUCAUUGACAUGUAAUAUGGUGCGUGUCAGAAGCACAGCUAACACACUGACAGCAUUGGCAGCAAAAUCAACAACAACAACAACAACACCCUCUUGCCUUAGGCCAACUAAUUUGGCUCUGGCCUGUAAGCGUGAAAACUCCUCGACCGCUACAGCAGUGCCCUCUGCUGCCGCCUGCCCUCAUUUGGCCAAUAAUGAUUUUGAGGGCAGUGAAACGGCACCUCUAAUACAUCGUACUGCAGAAUGGCAAAAUGCCUUGCCCUAUGAGCAAAUACCCGGACCAAAACCAAUACCCAUUUUGGGCAACACCUGGAGAAUGAUGCCUUUUAUUGGUCAAUAUACCAUAGGAGAUGUGGCAAAAAUUUCCUCUCAAUUACAUGAACAGUAUGGACAAAUUGUCAAAUUUGGAGGUUUGAUAGGUAGACCAGAUCUCUUGUUUCUGUAUGAUGUGGAUGAAAUUGAAAAGUGCUAUCGUUCUGAAGGAACUACACCCUUUCGUCCCUCUAUGCCUAGCAUAGUGAAAUACAAAAGUGUGGUGCGCAAAGACUUUUUUGGAGAUUUGGGAGGUGUGGUGGGAGUGCAUGGCGAACCCUGGCGGCAAUUUCGUUCUAAAGUUCAAAAGCCAGUGCUACAAUUAUCAACAGUACGCAGAUAUCUACAGCCCUUGGAAGUAGUAACGGACGAUUUUCUGCAGCGUUGUGAAUCACUGUUGGAUGUAAAUUCUGAAUUGCCUGAAGAUUUUGAUAAUGAAAUCCACAAAUGGUCCUUGGAAUGUAUUGGACGUGUUGCUUUGGAUACCCGCUUAGGUUGUUUGGAAUCCAAUUUAUCUCCUGAUUCGGAACCCCAACAAAUCAUCAAUGCUGCAAAAUAUGCUUUGCGUAAUGUGGCCACAUUGGAAUUGAAGGCUCCAUAUUGGCGAUAUUUUCCCACACCUCUGUGGACUCACUAUGUGAAGAAUAUGAACUUUUUCGUGGAAGUUUGCAUGAAGUACAUCAAAUCGGCUACAGAACGUUUAAAAUCCCAAGGACCCUGUCAAAAUGGAGAACCUUCUUUGCUGGAAAAGGUCAUCAUGUCACAAAAAGAUGAAAAAAUUGCCACCAUUAUGGCUUUGGAUUUAAUACUAGUUGGCAUAGAUACGAUUUCCAUGGCUGUUUGCUCCAUGUUAUACCAAUUGGCCACACGUCCCGAAGAACAACAGAAAGUCCAUGAGGAACUAAAGCGACUGAUACCUGAUCCCUCUACACCAUUGACCUUGCAACUUCUGGAUCAAAUGCAUUAUCUUAAAGCCUUUAUUAAGGAAGUCUUCCGCAUGUACAGUACAGUGAUAGGCAAUGGCCGAACGCUGCAGGAAGACACAGUCAUAAGUGGUUAUCGAGUGCCCAAAGGUGUUCAAGCUGUCUUCCCCACCAUUGUUACCGGCAACAUGGAGAAAUAUGUCACUGAUGCUGCCUCAUUUAGACCCGAGAGAUGGCUUAAGCCCAGUCAAGGUGGUUUUGAGGGCAAUCUUCAUCCCUUCGCCUCCCUACCCUAUGGCUAUGGUGCGCGCAUGUGUUUGGGUCGACGUUUUGCCGAUCUGGAAAUGCAAAUACUUUUAUCAAAACUUUUGCGUUCUUAUAAAUUGGAAUACGAACAUGAACCCCUAAACUAUGCGGUGACAUUUAUGUAUGCCCCAGAAGGACCCUUGAAGUUCAAGAUGACCAAGUAUUAAUGUGU